AUGUUCACCCUCGGUAAGGAUAUCCACCACCUGGGCUCUAGAGUACAAAUACUGGAGGAUGAGAGGGAGUCUUCGACCUCACACCUGCAAACCCCUGCAAGACCAAGAGGACACAAAGACACUAAACAUUACGUGCACAGGAGAUUAAAUGACCUAGAUAAUAGCUUGUGGAGAAAUAAUUUGAGGACCGAGGACCUUCCUGAACCCUCAGAUAACACCAAGGCAGACCUCUCCACUCUUUUGCUGUCUCUGUUUAAUAUCCUGCUGGGCCACCCCGAAGACACCCCAAUUAAAUCCGACAGAACACACAAAGCAUUAGGACUGAAGGACUCCCAGUGUGAUAAUUUCUUGGCAUCUCCCAGCUGA